ACGUCAUCCCUUAGUGCGUGCGAGCAGAUUACCCAUGGUGCCAUGGUGCAAUGAGGAAGCGGCCGUUGGUUGACAGACAGCUCGAGGAUGGCGGAGAACACGGAGCCGUGUUCUAGAACUGGAGCCAGAACCAUCCGGGUUACUGUCAAGACUCCGAAAGACAAAGAGGAGUUCGAGCUGGCGCAGGACUGCACCGUUAAAGAGUUCAAGCAAGAUAUAUCGAAACGAUUCAAAGCACAACCAGAACAACUUGUGCUGAUAUUUGCUGGAAAAAUCCUUAAAGAUGUCGACACACUUGCGCAGCAUGGAAUACAAGAUGGACUUACAGUUCAUUUAGUUAUCAAAACUCAAAACAGGCCUCCGGAGCAACAGAGCCAACCUGACAGCCAAAGCAGUACUGCAACUACUUCAGCAACGUCUAAUAGUACAGCCUCAACUACCAGUAGCCUUGGUGGAUUGGGAGGACUUGCAGGUUUGAGCAGCUUGGGACUGAAUUCUUCCAACUUCCUGGAAUUACAGACUCAGAUGCAGCGACAGCUUAUGUCGAAUCCAGAAAUGAUGUCUCAGAUAAUGGAAAACCCAUUUGUACAGAAUAUGCUAUCUAACCCAGACAUGAUGAGACAGUUAAUUGUGACUAACCCACAGAUGCAGCAGUUGAUUCAGCGAAAUCCAGAGAUUAGUCACAUGCUUAAUAAUCCAGACAUAAUGAGACAAACUUUGGAACUUGCUCGAAAUCCAGCUAUGAUGCAGGAAAUGAUGCGAAACCAAGACCGAGCACUUAGCAACCUAGAAAGUAUCCCAGGUGGUUACAAUGCUUUAAGGCGAAUGUACACUGACAUCCAGGAACCAAUGUUAAAUGCUGCCCAAGAACAGUUUGGGGGCAAUCCCUUUGCAUCCUUAGUAAGUAAUCCUGAUGGAGGUAAUCAGCCAUUACGCACAGAGAAUCGAGACCCUUUGCCUAAUCCCUGGGCUCCCCUGUCAAGUGCACAGACCCCUACAAGUACAACCACAAGUGGAACUACCAGUCAAUCUACAGCGGCAAGUCUAGGAGCUGGAUUGGGAGCAGGAUCUGGUAUGUUCAACACACCAGGUAUGCAGAGCUUAUUGCAGCAGAUCACAGAAAACCCACAACUCAUGCAGAACAUGCUCUCAGCGCCUUACAUGAGGAGUAUAAUGCAAUCCUUGAGUCAGAAUCCUGACCUUGCAGCACAGAUCAUGCUGAACAAUCCAUUGUUUGCAGGCAACCCUCAGCUACAAGACCAAAUGAGGCAACAGAUCCCUAACUUUCUCCAACAGAUGCAGAACCCUGAAACAUUGUCUGCUAUGUCAAAUCCAAGAGCCAUGCAGGCUUUGCUACAGAUUCAGCAAGGCCUGCAGACAUUAUCGACUGAGGCUCCAGGGCUUCUGCCAGGGUAUGGCAGUGGUGUUGGAGGAAUUGGCACAAUUGCACCUGGCACAAAUGAGAAUGCUGGUGGAGCAGGUGGCACAAUGGGAACUGAUGGACAACAGCAUUUUGUGCAGCAAAUGUUGCAAGCAUUAGCUGGGGCAAACUCUCAGAGUUUGACUCCGAAUCCUGAGGUACAGUUUCAGCAGCAACUUGAUCAACUCAGUGCAAUGGGAUUUCUGAAUCGUGAAGCCAAUCUUCAAGCUCUAAUAGCAACAGGUGGAGAUGUCAAUGCAGCCAUUGAACGGCUAUUGGGUUCUCAACCAUCUUAGCAAAUAUUCUGCAGCUUGCAAAUAAAUUGUAAUUUAUUUUUGAUAUAACAGCAGUUAAAUCUUUAAAAACAAAUGCUCUUUUCAGCUUGACUUUUGAGGCUCAGUCUUGUAGUUGGCGAUGGAGAAAAUGACAUGAUAAAUGAGUGCACAGAGGCAUUUGUACAGUACAUAAGUAUUGAGAUUUUUUUGGUCAGGCCAAGAUAUUGUGCAUGCAUAAAAACUUUUUCGUUUGUAAUUUUUAGAAACUUGAGUCAUGUGAAUAAGUUUUUUGGUCUGACCUGAAAAUCUGUUUAAAUCUCAAGUCUUACUGUAGUAGCUAGUAACUAGUAGUCACUAGCUAAUCAGUAGCCUCUUGAUAGCAAUUUGUAUAGAACAAAGACUUGCAAGAGAUGCAGAAGAAACUGAUCAAAGCCGCAGUGUCUGACAGCCCAUUGCGUAUUGUGAUUGAAGCAUGCGUUAAGGCAAAUAGCAUCAAAAAGACUAAAUGCAAGAUUCCACCAAAUCUAAUAUUUAUUACUUUGCUUUAUAUACAAAAUGAAAUGCAUAAAAAUAUACUUCAUUGCAUAUUAUUUCACUAAAAAAUUUCAGUACCUUUCUAGUCUUGUUGAAUGCAAUUGCAGUGUGGUUUUGAGCUUCCUAAUUCUGGAUGACUUCAAAUCUUUGUGCAGCUUUAAUGAGCACCUUAUUCUAAACUCUGUGCUUACAACUACAGCAGAUUGGCUUUGGCCAGUAAAAUCCUAGCAUACUGUAUGUGCAUUAUAACAUGAAGUGUCACUUACUUUCUUGAGUGUCACUUGUAAUAUUAAUCUAAUUAUUUCUCUGAACUGCCUUGUACAAAAUAUUUAACCUGUCAGUUUUUAUCAGUAGCAAUUACUUUGUG